GAGGAGAGAGGAGAGAGGAGGAGGAGGGUGCGAAAGGAAACACAGGAAAAAUUAUCCGUUAAUAAGAACCCAUUUUACAUUGAAAUCAUAAUUGAAAAAAGUGGGACUUGUGUCGUCGAUUUGAGAAAGAAAAGAAAAGGGGUUUGAGAUUGAGAUUGAGAGGCAGACGUAACCUAUCCAACCCUGACUCUGUCAAUGGACAAGUACGAGAAGCUUGAAAAGGUCGGUGAAGGAACGUAUGGCAAAGUAUACAAGGCCAAAGAGAAGGCUACUGGUCAGGUUGUGGCUCUAAAGAAGACGCGGCUUGAGAUGGACGAGGAGGGUGUGCCGCCUACGGCCCUUCGUGAGGUCUCCCUCCUUCAGAUGCUCUCCCAGUCCCUGUACGUGGUGCGCUUGCUUUGCGUCGAGCACGUCGACAACAAGAACGGAAAGCCACUUCUCUACCUUGUUUUCGAGUAUCUUGACACCGACCUCAAGAAAUUCAUUGAUUCUCACCGAAAGGGCCCUAACCCUAGGCCUCUUCCCCCCCAACUAAUCCAGAGCUUCCUCUACCAGCUCUGCAAGGGCGUUGCCCACUGCCACAGUCACGGGGUCCUCCACCGCGAUCUUAAGCCCCAAAAUCUACUUCUCGACAAGGAUAAGGGUAUCCUUAAGAUCGCCGACCUCGGCCUCGGCAGGGCCUUCACUGUCCCCCUCAAGAGCUACACCCACGAGAUUGUUACUCUCUGGUACAGAGCUCCUGAGGUCCUUCUUGGAUCAACUCAUUACUCUACUGCUGUUGAUAUGUGGUCUGUUGGCUGCAUUUUUGCUGAGAUGGUCAGAAGGCAAGCCUUGUUUCCUGGAGAUUCGGAGUUUCAACAACUACUACAUAUUUUUAGGUUGCUGGGAACACCAACUGAAAAGCACUGGCCAGGAGUUAGUUCAUUGCGGGAUUGGCAUGUGUAUCCCCAAUGGGAACCACAGAACUUGGCCCCUGCUGUUCCAUCAUUGGGACCUGAUGGUGUUGACCUUCUAUCGAAAAUGCUUAAAUAUGAUCCAGCAGAAAGAAUAUCGGCAAAAGCUGCACUAGACCAUCCCUACUUCGACAGCUUGGAUAAAUCUCAGUUCUGAGCCCUUUUCUCUUCUGAAAGUGGAGAUCACUUCUGGGAAAAGCAGUUACUAUUGUUGAAGGAUGUCAUCAACUUGGUGAUUUGAACUUUUUUCGAUUAGCACUGUCAACUUCUUUGGUUCAUGUAUUGUAUCAAACGUCUUCUAGCUGAAUAUAUCAUUGUGCUCUCUCAUCUUAAUAUUUUACUAAGUUUAUCAUCAGGAUGUAGUCACUUGUAUGUUUUCUGUUUGUGACCCUGAGGUGUCUGCUCAAUCCAUAACCAGUUCUAAAGCA